AUGACUGAGGGAGACUGCCCUAGACUGGAUGACAGUGGGAUACCGCUGCUAAAGGAUGUGAGAUGCGUAAUAAAUGAUGCCAGUCGUUUGCUUCCAUUCACCAAAUACUUGGCUGAUGAGACAGAAUUUACUAAGAUAUAUGGGAGAGUUUUGCAUCUUCUGAAUGUUCCAGUACUGCCAUUAGCCAUAAAAGCCCUAAUUCAUUUUUGGGAUCCUGAUUAUCGAUGUUUUACAUUUGGGAAUGUCGAUAUGGUUCCUACCAUUGAAGAAUACGGUGUUUUGACAGAAUUCCCUGAGGAUAUCCAUAAGGAGCUUGCUAAGCUACUGGGAAUCCAUCAAAUGAGCUUAUAUAGAGAAAAAAACAAUUCUGGGGGUUUGAGAUGGAAACGGCUAGAAGAGCUGUUGAUUGCUAAAACAUCUAAUCCUGGUGCUAAUUUGGAGGUAUACCGAAUAUUGGCUUUGGGAAUAUUUGGGCUGAUUUUGUGUCCUUCGACUGCUGGAAUUAUCAGUUUAGAGGCAGCUAAUCUGUUUGUUGAGUAUGAGAAGACUAAAAUUAAUCCUUCUGCUGCUAUCUUGGCUGAAACUUUUUUGUCUCUCAAUCAUUGCAAAAGGAUUGGGAAAGGUUCUAUGAGAUGUUGUGUUCCAUUGUUAUUCAUUUGGAUGGUAAGCCAUAUAGAAUCUGAAACACUAAUAUUCCGAAAUUUUUGGUGGUUUGACCAAAAGCCACUCGAGUUAUUUGUAUCAAGUGAAUGGGAAAACUUUUCUGAAGAUGAUUGGAGGGUAAAAUUGCAAGGAAUUCCACAAAGCAAUUUUAAUUGGAGAGCUCCUUGGAUGAAAAAUGUAACAUGCCUAAUGGGUUGUGGGAAGAGGCCUUGGGUACCUUUGAUUGGAGUGACUGGAUAUAUUAGUUAUGCGUCUGCUUUGGUUGCAAGACAGCUUGGGGGCAUACAAAGCAUUCCAAGAACAGUUGGCUUAGCUCAAUUCACCGGAGUCUAUAAGGGUGCAUAUAAUGAGAUGCUGGAGAGCAUUAAACAUGAUUGGGGAUCUUUGGUGCUAGUUAAAAAAGAGAUCGGUGUAAGGAAUCCUACAGUUAGUGAAAAGUAUCCUGAAUGGCGUAAUAGAGGAGUCUCUUAUACGGCAGAAGUUUCUGAAUCUGUGGGCCUUCGAAGGAAAAGAGUGAAUUGUGAAGAAGAAUUAAGAAAACAAGUAAAAUCGUUACAAGCUGAGCUUAAAGCAAAGGAAGAACAAAGAGUGUCCUUAGAGCGGCAACUAGCCAAAGAAAAGGGUGUAAGGAAAGUAGCUGAAGAAGAAAGGGACUCUGUAGGUCAAGACUUGAUAAAGGCAAAGGCUGACUUGGAAACACAAAAAAUAAUUAAUCAGGAUAUGAUGUAUUAUAUGGACAAAGCUAAGCAUUGGGAAGAAUUAGCCAUCAAGACACAAGCUACAUUGAAAAUGCGUCGGGCGGACAUUGUUAAGUUUAAAGGCCAAUUGGGAAAAGCUGAGGCUUUAACUAAAAUUCAUGAAGAGCAAAAAGCAGAGUGGAACAAUCACAAUACUGAGGUGGAAGCAUUGAGAUUUAAGCUGGACAAAGAAAAAUCAAAGACUGCACAGCUUAUGGAAAGCCAGAAAAUGAUAGAACAACAUAAUCAAACAUUGGAUGCCACCAAUAACUUUCUGUCUAGAAACAACUUGAUACAUACUGAGAGGAUAAGGGAACUACAAGAUCAAGUUGGUCAAGCAGCUGCAGAAGCCCAUUUAUUACGAGUGGAAGCUCGCCAAGUGGGAGCAUAUCCAACGAGGGUCCCCAUUGCAGUUUUGACAGAAGAAGAACCUCAAAGGAAUAAGAUAGUGGAGGAAAAUGGUCAUGAAAAGCUAGCUGCUUUAGAAGAAAGAAUGAAGGCAAUGGAAGGGAAUAGUUUGUAUGAUCCGGUGAAAGCUGCUGAAAUGUGUUUGGUGCCUAAUGUGGUUAUUCCCAGAAAAUUCCGUGUACCAGAUUUUGUUAAAUAUACUGGAACUCAAUGCCCGAUCACCCAUCUUAAAGCAUAUUGUAAUAAGAUGGCUGAGGUAGUCCAUGAUGAGAAGCUAUUGAUCCAUUUCUUUCAAGACAGUUUAAGUGAUGCGGCUCUUGCUUGGUAUAUGCGCUUAGAUAAUACCAAGAUUAAAGGAUGGAAGGAUUUGGUUGAAGCUUUUAUUAGACAAUAUAAGUUCAACAUGGAUAUUGCCCCUGAAAGGUCAAGUCUGCAAGCCAUGGAAAAAGGGAAUAGGGAGUCUGUAAGAGAAUAUGCCCAAAGGUGGCGUGAAUCAGCCGCGCAAGUAAAUCCUCCAUUGUCAGAAAGGGAGAUGACUGGUUUAUUUUCCAACACUUUCAAAGCCCCGUACUUUGAAUACUUGGUAGGUAGUGCUGCAAAAAAUUUCUCUGAUUUGGUUGUCAUAGCUGAAAGGAUCGAACAAGCUGUUCGGACAGGUAGGAUCGUGGAUCCUACUGAAAAAAGAGGUUUUACUGGAAAAAGGAAAGAAACGGAAGUUCACAAUGUUGAAAGGGAAAGUAGAGGGAAGAACACCUACCAAGAUAAUUACAGUUUCAAAAGUAUUACACCUACCCCUUCUAUAUCCAAUAUAAAAUUCUCAUCACCUACAAACACCCAAAAUAACCCAAUAAACAACCAAACCAAUGCUACUUACCGCCCAAGAAGAAGUUUUCCAAUAGAGCAAGUGCAACUUCCGCCAUUACCCAUGUCUCUUACUGAAAUGCACCAAAGAUUGCUUAGUAUUGGCCAGGUAGCACCUGUUCCCUUAGAACCUUUACAACCACCAUUUCCUUUUUGGUAUAAACCCGAUAAAAAAUGUGAAUACCAUCCUGGCGCUGUUGGUCAUCAUAUUGAUGGAUGUGUUGCAUUCAAAAGAAAAAUCCUUCAGCUCAUCAAAGCUGGGUGGAUUUCUUUUGAUGAAUCUCCAAAUGUGAAAUCUAAUCCUCUACCAAAUCAUGCUUCGGGAAGUGGGGGAGUUAAUAACUUGGAGAUAGGAAGGAGAAGUACAACAACUUUAAGGGUGACUAUGGAUAGAUUGUAUGGGAUGUUGAGGCAAACAAAUUAUCUAAAGACACCAGUCAAAACACAAGCUGUAAGGAAUGCAAAUGAAUAUUGUAAAUAUCAUCAGCAGCUUGGGCAUGAUAUUGACUCGUGCGAGGAGUUUCAUUUGGAGGUAGAAAAUAUGAUGACGUUGGGAAUGUUAAGAUUGAUGAAACCCAAAGAAGAUGAGUUAGUAGGAACAAUGACUGGUUGUAACCAAAAAGUGGAAGUUUGUAGAUAUAUACCAACCGAAAAGGGUCCACCAAAAAUGAUACUAGCCAAGCCUAUGAAUACUGUUAGCGGAAGCUAUAAUGCCCAACCCUAUAAUUAUGGUUGUUCCUUUCACAGCACAAAUCCUGCCCCCGUUUUCCAUGCGGAAAUAGGAGGACUCACUCGGAGUGGGAGAUGUUUUACUCCUGAAGAGUUGGAAAACCAAAGAAAAGCCAAAGGAAAGGAUAUGGUGGAUUUGACAAAGUCAAAUGAGGUUAACAAGCCAGUAAGUGAUGAAGAGGCUAAUGAAUUCCUGAAAUUGAUGAAGCACAGCGAAUAUAGUGUGGUUGAUCAACUAAAGAAAACACCCGCUAGGAUUUCUUUGUUGUCAUUAAUAUUGAGUUCAGAAUUGCAUAGGAACGCACUUCAGAAGGUUCUUAAUGAAGCAUAUAUUCCUCAGGAUAUCACACAAGACUCCAUAGAACAUUUGGUGGGUAGGAUUCAAGCCACCAACUACCUCUAUUUUACCGAUGAUGAGUUGGAUCAUGAAGGGACCGGUCAUAAUAAACCAUUGCAUAUCACGGUAAAAUGCAAGGAUUGUGUGAUUGCUAAGGUGCUUAUGGAUAAUGGUUCCGCUCUCAAUGUAUUGCCGAGACAUGUACUUGAUAAAAUGCCAGUUGAUGCCUCUCACAUGAAGCCAAGUACUAUGACUGCAAGGGCAUACGAUGGGUCACCUAGACCAAUCAUUGGAACUCGAGCUGUCGCAUCUUCUUUACAUCAACGGGUCAAGUUCAUCAUCAAUGGGAAUUUGGUGACUGUGAGAGCUGAAGAAACUUUGUCAAUGAUGAGAAAUGUAUCGAUCCCUUAUAUAGAAGCUGAAGAAAGUAAGGAUGGAAAUCUGCAUGCAUUUGAAGUUGUAAAUGCUGAAUGGGUACCUGAAAAUAUGAUACGAAGAAAGCCAGAAAUUUCUGAAGCAGCAAAAAUGGCUGCUAAAUACUUCUUGAAGCAUGGAUUACCAUUUCAAUAUGACCUAACUACUGGAAUGCCUGAGAGGGUUAAUGCGGUAAAAAUAAAAUGCGCCGAUCAGAGGUUUGGCUUAGGGUUUAAGCCUGGCAAAGCAGAUUUUAAAAGAGCAGCUGAAAAUAGAAGGGAAAAGAGAGUAGCCCGGAUUGAAAGAAGAGAGCCAGAUGAAGAUCGAAUGGAAAUCCCACCUAUCUAUGUAACAUUUCCAAGAGCCGCGUAUGUGAUAAAAGCUGAGGAUUAUGAGGAGGGGCUAAGAAAAGAAUUCAGUGGUGCUACUAUCAAUUAUCUUGAAAAUGUUAGUGAGCAAGAUGUAAAGGAAGAAGAGAGUCCUUACGAACAGCUACCACAACUAACUAUUGGUGUUUUGGAAGAUGGCUCAUCCGAAUUCGUGAGGAAGCUGGCUGAGGGAGAAGAGUUGGAAAAUUGGGAAAUUCAUGAAGUCCCAGUUGUUUUUAAAAAGAGAUCUGAAAGCGGAUUGUGCUCACAAACUCAAUGCACUGUGGAUAAUUGGCCUAACUUUGAUGAAACUAUAAUUGCAAUGGAUGAGGAAGAGUUGGGUGAGGAAGACAUCGAUGAGUUCGCAAGGUUAGUGGAACAAUCUGAUCACACAUGGAAGCCUGCUAAAGAAGAACUAGAACUGAUAAAUGUGGGCACCAAACAUAAUAAAAGAGAGUUGAAAAUAGGGAAGCUAAUAUCUGCUGGUGUGAGAAGCGAGUUGGUCAUUCUUUUACAAGAAUAUGUUGAUGUUUUUGCCUGGUCAUAUGCCGAUAUGCCUGGUCUGGAUACUGAUAUUGUGGUACAUAAACUACCUUUGAUAGAGGGUUGUAAACCGAUUAAGCAAAAGUUGAGGAGGACGAGGCCUGAUAUGCUAAUCAAAGUAAAAGAAGAGAUAACGAAACAGUGGGAUGCUGGAUUCUUAGAAGUUGUUGAUUAUUCUCAAUGGGUGUCCAAUAUUGUAGUAGUACCCAAGAAAGACAACAAAAUCAGGGUAUGCGUGGAUUUUCGAGAUUUGAAUAGGGCAAGCCCGAAGGAUGAUUUUCCGUUACCCCACAUAGAUGUACUUGUGGAUAAUGCUGCUAAGAGUUCUACUUACUCUUUUAUGGAUGGUUUCUCUGGGUAUAAUCAAAUCAAAAUGGCCGAGCAAGACAAGAAGAAGACAACAUUUGUUACUCCGUGGGGAACAUAUUGUUAUAGAGUUAUGCCAUUCGGAUUAAAAAAUGCUGGAGCAACUUAUCAAAGAGCAAUGGUGACACUAUUUCAUGACAUGAUGCAUAAAGAAAUUGAGGUCUAUGUGGAUGAUAUGAUUGCUAAGUCUAAAGAUGAGGAAAAUCAUAUCCCAGCUCUAAAGAAAUUAUUUGAAAGGUUGAGAAAGUAUCAAUUAAAGUUGAACCCUGCAAAAUGCACAUUUGGAGUGAAGUCUGGGAAGUUAUUGGGAUUUGUGGUAAGCAGUAAUGGUAUAGAGGUAGACCCUGAUAAAGUGAAGGCCAUACAAGCCAUGUCAGCUCCUAAGACUGAGAAAGAAGUUCGAAGCUUUUUGGGGCGUUUAAAUUACAUUGCUCGAUUCAUUUCACAACUUACAGUCACUUGUGAACCAAUCUUUCGAUUACUUCGAAAGAAAAACCCCGGAGUAUGGGAUGAAGAUUGUCAAGAAGCCUUUGAUAAGAUCAAACAAUAUCUGCAGAAACCACCGCUAUUGGUACCACCUGUGCCUGGGAAGCCUCUCAUUUUGUACUUAACAGUGACUGAAUCAGCAAUGGGCUGUGUGCUUGGCCAACAUGAUGAGUCCGGGAGAAAGGAGCAAGCCAUCUACUACCUUAGUAAGAAAUUCACUGAAUGUGAAUCUCGUUACAGUAUGAUUGAGAAGCUGUGUUGUGGCUUGGUAUGGAGUGCGAAAAGACUCCGACAAUAUAUGUUAUACUAUACCACUUGGUUAAUUUCAAAGGUAGAUCCUCUGAAAUAUAUUUUUGAAAAGCCAUAUAUGUCAAAUAGGCUGGCCAGAUGGCAAGUGUUGUUGGCUGAAUAUGAUAUCAUCUACAAAACAAGAAAAUCUAUGAAAGGAAGUGCAAUUGCGAAUCAUUUAGCUGAUAACGCCAUUGAGGACUAUGAGCCAUUAAAUUUUGACUUCCCUGAUGAAGAUGUGUUGGUAAUAGAAAGAGAUUGGUGGACUAUGUACUUUGAUGGUGCGGUGAAUGUGUCUGGUAAUGGAGCUGGUGCUGUAAUAAUUUCUCCAGAAGGAAAACAAUAUCCCAUCUCCAUCAAACUGCAGUUUAGUUGCACGAAUAACACAGCUGAAUAUGAGGCUUGCAUUCAUGGAUUAGAAGCUGCAUUGGAACUGAAGAUAGGGAAAUUAGAGGUAUAUGGAGACUCUAUGUUAAUAAUCUGUCAGACAAAGGGGGAAUGGCAGACAAAAGAUGAGAAAUUGAAACCAUAUCAGGAAUAUCUCUCCAAAUUGGCUGAAAACUUUGAAAAGAUAGAGUUCAAUCAUUUAGGAAGGGAUAAGAAUCAGUUUGCGGAUGCUUUAGCAACCUUGGCCUCUAUGGCUACGAUCGAUUGUGGUAUCAGAGUACAUCCUAUAAGCAUUGAUAUUAGAAGUUCUCCUGCUCAUUGUUGUUUAAUAGAAGAAGAAGUGGAUGGCAAUCCUUGGUAUGCAGAUAUAAAAAGAUUCAUCCAAUAUCGGGAAUAUCCUUCUGAAGCUUCAAAGACAGAUAAGAAGACUCUAAGAAGAAUGGCAAUGGAAUACUUUAUAGAUGGAGAAAUCUUAUACAAAAGGUCAUUUGAUGGGACUUUAUUAAGAUGUCUAGACAGAUCAGAAGCCAAUAAAGCAUUGUAUGAAGUGCAUGGAGGAAUUUGCACCACCCAUGCAAAUGGGCACAUGAUGGCAAGACAGAUGCAAAGAGCUGGGUAUUUUUGGUUGACCAUGGAAAAAGAUUGUAUAGAAUUUGUUCGAAAAUGUCAUAAAUGUCAGGUGUAUAGUGACAAAAUCAAUGCACCCCCAGUGCCCUUAUUCAAUAUGGUGUCACCUUGGCCAUUCGCGAUGUGGGGAAUUGAUGUGAUUGGGCCUAUUAAUCCAAAAGCCAGCAAUGGUCAUCGGUUUAUCUUGGUCGCAAUUGAUUAUUUUACAAAGUGGGUAGAGGCCUGCUCAUAUGCUCAUGUGACUCAGAAGGUGGUCAAGCGAUUCAUUGAGAGAGAUCUAAUUUGUAGGUAUGGUUUGCCAGAAAGGAUAGUAACCGAUAAUGCCAAGAACUUCAAUGGGAAAAUGAUCAUGGAAUUAUGCACUAAAUGGAAAAUCAAGCAUUCUAAUUCAUCCCCUUACAGACCAAAGAUGAAUGGUGCUGUUGAAGCUGCUAACAAGAACAUAAAGAAGAUUGUCCAGAAAAUGGUGGUCAUAUAUAAAGAUUGGCAGGAAUGGCUUCCUUAUGCUCUACAUGCAUAUCGAACAGCAAUAAGGACGUCAACGGGGGCUACACCUUAUUCGUUAGUUUACGGAAUGGAGGCAGUGAUGCCUUUAGAAGUAGAGAUUCCUUCUCUAAGGGUUCUCAUGGAAUCUGAGCUAGAAGAGGCUAAAUGGGCUGAGAUACGAUACGAACAGCUAAAUAUGAUCAGUAAGAAGAGAUUAGCUGCAAUUUGUCACCACCAACUGUAUCAAAACAGGAUAGCAAGAGCCUAUGAGAGAAAAGUUCGACCAAGAGAGUUUAAAGAAGGAGAUCUUGUAUUGAGAAAAAUCCUAUUACUACCUAGUGAGAAUCAUAGCAAGUGGGCACCUAAUUAUGAAGGUCCAUAUGUAGUAAAGAAGGCAUUCUCUGGAGGGGCGUUGAUACUGACAGGAAUGGAUGGAGAAGAUUUGAGUAGGCCAGUGAAUUCCAAUUCUGUGAAGAAAUAUUAUCCAUGA